GCAGCCAUGGAGACAAAGCUUUAUUGCAUUUUUGCAUAUGCAUUCCUAAUUACCAUAUCCUUCCAAAUGCUUUCUUCUGAAGCCAAAGCCAAACCUAUGAGCCUUGCAACUGAUCAAACUGCCCUUCUUUCACUCAAACAACACAUCACCUCCGACCCUUCUCGCAUACUUGCAACUAAUUGGACCAAUUCGAGCUCCGUCUGCAGCUGGAUUGGCGUCACUUGCAGCUUGCGCCACCAAAGAGUAGCUGCGUUGAAUCUCUCCAACAUGGCUCUCUCCGGCACCAUUCCACCACAGCUCGGACACCUCUCCUUCCUCGUUUCCCUCGACCUCACAAGCAACCUUUUCCAUGGAGAUUUGCCUCAAGAGCUUUCUCUCCUUCGCCGUUUGAAGUUCAUAUCUCUCCGACUCAACAACUUCACCGGAGACUUCCCUCCGAUGUUUGGUCAGUUACCAAAACUAGAGUACUUGAACUUACGGUACAACAGUUUCACAGGUUCCAUCCCAAAAUCUCUCUCAAACCUAACAAACCUACAAUUUCUUCUCUUAGAUUCCAAUUCUCUAAGUGGAGAAAUUCCAAAAGAGUUGGGAAGACUUCAAAGUCUACAAAGUCUGUCUGUUGAAUUCAAUCAUUUAUCGGGUGCAAUACCAUCAGCCAUAUUCAACAUAUCGACCCUUGUAGUUAUAGCUUUCACACGCAAUAAUGAAUUGAGUGGAAGUUUGCCAACAGACAUUUGCACUAAUCUUCCAUCUCUUAUUAGGAUUUAUUUUUCAAGAAAUCAACUGAGUGGCGCGAUUCCAACAAAUAUAUCCCAAUGUUCUCGACUUGAGGUUUUGAGCCUUUCUUACAACUCUUUUAGUGGGCAGAUACCUUCAGAACUCGGCUACUUAACAUCUCUUGAGGAGUUAUAUCUCGGUGGUAACAAUUUGAAUGGUAUAAUACCACAGGAGAUUGGCAAUCUUCAGAGUCUGGUUAGUUUUGGUGCUGAAGGCAAUCAGAUUGGGGGCUCAAUUGAUUUCAGUAUUUUCAUGAAUAUGUCUUCUCUGCAAAACAUAUAUCUGUGGCGCAACAAAUUCACAGGGAACCUUUCAAGGGAUGUCAGGAAUAUUACAACGCUCACAAUUUUACUCCUCUCAGAAAACCAUUUUACAGGGCUUAUUCCCUCUGAAUUUGGCCAACUUUACCAGCUGGAGAUUUUAUCAUUAUCAUCGAACACCUUGAAUGGUUCGAUUCCACAUGAGCUCUUUAACAUUUCAACUCUUCAGAUUCUUUCACUAAACAGAAAUGCUCUGUCAGGGGUUCUUCCAACCCAUUUAUGCCAUGCCUCUCCCUUUCUUGAAGGAUUGUAUCUUGGCGAUAAUUCCAUGAGUGGAGCAAUACCCAACUCUAUCUCUAACUGUUCUCAACUCAAAUUUCUCUCACUUGCUGGAAACAAAUUCAGUGGUUACAUACCUACUCAUCUCGGCAACCUAAGACUUCUCCAAGUUCUUUCUCUGCUUAGCAACAAUCUUACCGAGGCACCGUCUUCUUCCUUCAUUACUUCAUUGACAAAUUGCAGGUUUCUAACAAAUUUGGCAAUUGCUGAUAAUCCUCUAUACAGCAUCAUUCCAGCUUCUGUCAAGAAUUUAUCUUCCUCGCUUCAAAAAUUUUAUGCCUAUAAUUGCAAAUUCAGUGGCAGCAUUCCUGUUGAAAUAGGCAAUUUAAGCAAUUUGUUGGUAUUGAAACUAUCUGACAAUGAGUUAUCCGGUAGUAUUCCACUUACUGUCAAACAUUUGCAUGAGCUUCAAGGAUUAUAUCUAUUUGAUAACAUGUUGGGAGGCUCCAUUCCACAGGCUAUAUGUGAUUUAUUCAGCCUGAAUACUUUACAUAUUAGUCGGAAUCGAUUUUCAGGUUCAAUUCCUCAAUGUUUGGGAAAUGUCUCAUCUUUAAGAAAUCUUUUUCUAGACUCGAACAUGUUGAAUUCAAGCAUACCUUCAAGCUUAUGGGGCCUAAAAGAUUUGAUCAAUCUAGACUUGUCCUCAAAUUCAUUUAAUGGGUCACUACCUCUAGAGAUGAGUAACUUAGGAGCAGCAAUCUAUAUAAAUCUAGCAACGAAUCAGCUGUCAGGGUCAAUUCCGAGCACUAUCGGGAAGUUACAGAAUCUGGUUAAUCUGUCUUUGGCAAGUAAUAGAUUAGAAGGUUAUAUUCCUGUGUCUGUAGGAAGCAUGACCAAUUUGGGAACUCUUGACUUGUCCUACAACAAACUCUCAAGUUCAAUUCCGAAGUCUUUAGAAGCACUGCAACACCUUGAGUACUUUAAUGUCUCUUUCAACAAUUUAAGUGGAGAAAUUCCUAACGGCGGUUCUUUUAGAAACUUCACCAUGGAUUCUUUCAAGGGUAAUGAGGCAUUGUGUGGAAUUCCCAACUUCCAUGUCCGGAUUUGCCCUUCGGUUUCUAAUCACAAAUCAAAGAGGAAGAAGGUCGAACGAACUUCUUUUAUUGUAUUAGGGGUUGUGGCUUUUAUAUCAGUUGUUUUUGUGGCCUUAAUAAUUGUCAGAUACAAAAGGAAAGAUAAGACAACUAGAGAAGUUGGUGAGAUGAUAUCUAUUGUGCCGGAAAGAAUCUCUUAUUAUGAAUUGCUGCAAGCAACAGAACAAUUUAAUGAAAGCAAUUUACUGGGCACUGGGAGUUCUUGCUCUGUUUAUAAAGGAAUUCUUAACAAUGGGAAGGAUAUCGCUGUCAAAGUGUUUAAUAUGCAGUUAGAAGGUAUUUUGAGAAUAUUUGAUGUCGAAUGCGAGAUACUACGUAGCAUUCGACACAGGAAUCUGACCAGUGUCAUAAGCAGUUGCUCCAGUGAAGAGUUCAAGGCAUUAGUACUUGAAUAUAUGCCAAAUGGAAACCUUGAAAAAUGGUUAUAUUCGCAGAACUAUUGCUUGAAUCUUAUGGAAAGAUUGAAUAUAAUGAUUGACGUUGCAUCUGCUUUGGAGUAUCUUCACCAUGGUUAUUCAACUCCCAUUGUCCACAGCGACUUGAAGCCUAGUAACGUGCUGUUAGAUGAAGACAUGGUAGCCCAUAUAAGUGAUUUUGGGAUAGCAAAGUUGUUAUGCGAUGGAGAUAGCUUUGUGUUAACCAACACGCUAGCAACAUUGGGUUACAUUGCUCCAGGUAAAAUAUCUUUACAUAUAUUGAUGGCAUUUCACUUUCAAUCGAUGAAAUUGUGUCUUCCUCACUACAUAUUACGCAUCAUGGUUUUUGUUGUUCAGAGUAUGGUUCGGAAGGGCUAGUUUCGACAAGGUGUGAUGUGUAUAGCUACGGAGUAAUGCUAAUUGAAACAUUUACGAGAAAAAAGCCUAGCGAUGAUAUGUUCUGCGGAGAUGUGAGCUUAAAGAGAUGGGUAGAAAUUUCACUUCCAAAUAUCCCACUUGAAGUGAUAGAUGUCAACCUAGUCAUGAAUUUGAAAGAAGAACAAAUUGACAAGAAUCUGCAGUGUGUAUCAUCCAUAUUUGAAUUGGCGUUCAAAUGCUCUGCGGACUCUCCCGGGGAUAGAGUCAACAUGAAACAAGCACAUGUAGAGUUGCAGAAUAUCAAACGUCGAUUUUCCCAAUGAGAUUCAAGUAUGCUAUUUCAAAGUUGUAUGUUAAGUUAUUUCUAAGAUAAUAGUAAUAGUAUUCUAUUACCAUUUUAGUAAGAAUUGCAUUUGGUAUUGUGAAGUGGAGAACCUUGAAAAUGGAGCUAGAAGCAGCAAAUUAAGGAGUUGGAAAAUGAUGGCGGCGUCAGCGUAGGUUGAAGUUUGGGUGGUACCUCUUGGCGUUUGUUUGAGCUGAGUUUACUUUUUCCGAAUAAGUCUUUGUUGAUUAAAUACUGUAGCUCUGUUAUAUUUGAACUUGUCUUUUUAUUUAUGAUAACGUGAGCAACUUGGCCCA